UAUGAACGUAACAGAAAAAUGCGGAAGAGGACAAUUUUUAUGCGCAAAGAAUACUUGUGUUCAUCCCAGAAUGAUUUGUAAUGGAAUUAAAGAUUGCGAAGAUGGUAGUGAUGAAAUGCACUGUGGAAAAAAUGUGUCCAUCAAUCUUUCAAAAAUAAUACCUUCUCCAGACCAAAUUAUGAAUGGAACGCAUAUAGAGCCAUCUAAUUGGGCAUACUUCCGGAAUGGAAGUCGAGGAGGAAGUAAAUAUUUAGUAAUUGAUUCCAUUAUGUCCUUCUACGAUGCUCAACAAAGAUGUAAAGUUCUCGGUGGAGGUGUAGCUGGUCAUCUGGCUCAUAUAAAUACAAUACAGGAACAAUUAUUCAUCGAAAGCUAUAUUUCGAAAUUGAUGGCCCGACACAAAAUAUCUAAAUCCGGUUCUGGAUUUUGGAUAGGAGCAGUCAGGGAUAGAAAAGAUCCAGGUGGAAUGUGCAUGCACAACCAAUGGCAGUGGAAAGAUGCUGAGAAGAGGACUUUGGGUUAUAUUUCCGGUUUUACUGCUUUCGCUCCUGAAAAACCAGACGAUGUAUACAGUCCCGAGGAGUGCUUGUAUAUAUCUCACAUUCUUGGAGACGAUCCGGCCAGAUUCUUAAAAUGGGACGACGCGGCUUGUGAUUUACAAGGUACAAGCGGUAUUAAGGUGUUAUGCGAAAUUGAUAUGAAUAGAAUUGAUUAUGGAAGUAGCGGCCGCUAA